CGCGCCGAGGAGGAGCUGGCGCCGUGUCAGUUUCACCCGCCCAAGCUCGCCGGGGAAGAAAGAGGAGGGUGUCGGAUUCGGCCAGGACCGUUCGCGCAUCUCCAUCCGCAUCGGCGAGCAAGGGGGACCCGCAGAGCAGCGGCAGCUGGAGAGAGAAGGAAGGAAGGAAGGAAGGAAGACAGACCCGGGAGGGGGACGAAGGCCAGCCAAGCGCAUUGCAGCAGCGGGGGGCGAAAGAGGAGCCCCCACUACGCGCGCGACCUCCACCAGCCCGAUCGCCUCUGCGCUUCUUUCCUCCCCACAUCGCAGAGCCAGGAGAGGCAGUUUGCCAAGCCGCCCGCCCGCCCCCAUCCCAAAAAGGAGGGCCCUUCACUGCCACCCUGCAGCCAAACUAAGGAACACAAGACGCCUUUUUCAUUUUGGAGAGGGGCGGGGCUUCUGGAGACAACCUGGGCUGAGAGGACCUUGCGCCCUCUUUUUGCGCAUCUUUUUGCGCAACGGGUUCCCUGGGAAUUGGAGAGGGGUUUUCCUCUCCCUCUUGGCGCUUUGACUCUGAAGGCACAUUCACACACCAACACCCCUUCGCUGGCUCUUGCACGCCCCCUCCCUCCCUUGAAAGAUCAAUACUCCACGCACGCACCGAUUUUAUUUUUUUAUGGGUCACAAAGCGACGUCGCAAUGCUGUCCAUGUCCAAGACGUCUUUUAAAAUUAAGCAACACCAGGAUCCAGGGGUAAGUCGACUUCUCUGGCGUUGCGACGCUGAAAGGGGUUGGAGGAAGGGGGUUCCCCUGGCGGGGUGAAUGGGGGUGGGGGCGUGUGCGUUGAGCGGUGGGGUUUGAGGCUGGGUCACCCCGCGCUGGAACCAUAGGAAAUGAUAUUGGAUGCUGGCCAUUUUCCAUAGACAAUUAUUCUAAAUGAUUCUUCAAAAUGUUCCAAGAGGUUGGGAAAUGCUGGCCGUGAAUAAUGGACUUAUGUCAACUAGAUAUCUAGGGCACCUCUCUCUUAACUAUCUAGUUUUCUGAAUUAAACUUUGCAGAUUUGCUUUUGCUUCAGGGCACAGCCCUUCUGCGCAUUGUGUGCAUGCCCUACCUUUAAAGCACAUUCAAAACACACAAUAAGAAUUCCAGGAACUACAGUUCCCAGCACCCGGCGCUGGUUGGGGCUGAUGGAAGCUGUAGCCCCAAACAUCUGGAUUUGGCAGAGGCUGUCUCAUCUAAGCAUCUUCCAAAUGAGCCACUUUUUGGAGGCUGUAAUGCCUGCGAAUACCAGUUGCUGGAAACUCCAGGAAGGGAGAAGAAGGCUCUUGUGCUCAGGACCUGGUCCUGCUUGGGGUUUCCCAAAGGCUAGUUGUCCACUAUCAGAACACUGGACUAGAUGGACCAUGGGCCGGAGCCAGUAGCUGGGCUCUUCUGAUGUUUUGUGGAACUUCCAGCUCCAGUGGCAGUCUAUCUAGAUUCCUAUGUUCUUAGGGGCAUUUAGUCACUGCUGGACUAGAUGGGCCCCUGGCCUGAUCCGGCAGGGUUUUUCUGAUGUCCUUAUCCUUGCGCAGGAAAAGAAAUCCCUGCCCCACCCCCUGCAAAUUAACCAUUGAUGAAUGCAAAUGCAAAACCGGCCUUUCAACACACUGACUUCACCUCCUCAAAACCGGAAAAUUUUUUUUAGAAAAAAAAAAUAAACCACACACACCCAAUUGCUCGUGGCACCUUUUCUUUUGACAGCCUUAAAAAAGCAUCGCUUGCAUUCAAAGACACGCACGCACGCUGCAUUGACUUGUGUUUAUAUAGGAUUUUGAGCACAACUUUGCGGAGGGGAUUCCCCCGCUCUGGAGCCCAGACUUCUACGUCUGUUUUCAAACAUGUUUCCAAACAUAGCCUUCUUUCUCCCUGCUUUCCCUUUUUUAAAACAAAAAAACAAAAACCAGCGAUAAUUUUAGAAGUGGGUGGUUUUUUUCCGCUGUACAUAGUGUCCUUGGCCGCUGAGGGCAACUUUACCAUUAAUGAUUCACAAACUCCCCCCCCCCUCUUUUCAAAGUUUCUUCUUUCUUUAAACAAAAACAAACCUCCUCUCCCUCUGUGCCUCUGUCCUGGCUCUCCAGUUGGUAGCUAGGAAACCCGGGCUUGGCUUGAACGCCUCAUUCCAUUGCUCCAGCAACGACCUAGCUAGCUGCAAGCUUCGAAAAUCGCUAACUCCAGAGUAGCGGCUGGAUCUUGCUGGGAACACGAGGCCAGGAAAAAAAGUGAAAACAGGUUGGAGACAGUGGCUCUGAGCCUUGAUGAAAGGGGGCACCGCCUUGAUUUUUUAAAAUAAAAAUAAAAAGUGAUUUAUGCCUAUACAAUCCUUCCUUCAGAUGGAAUGCAUUUCUAAGUUAGGUCUGAGUUUCUUCCUGGCCUCCAUGAUCUGGCUCCCUCUGCCCUUCUGCAUUCUUUGCAUAGUCAUCAAACAAUGUUUUUCGAAUUGAGGAAGAAAAGAAAAGAAUGCGGGGAGGGAGCCAAGUCACUUGGUUUGCUGAUCCCAGCCGAAGGGAGCCUGGAGCUCAGCGGGACAGAACACCUGCAUGAUCUCAGAAGGCUUCUUCAGGUAGCCCUGCGAAUGUUGCCUGUCUGGGAAACUCUGGAGAACAGUGUACAGUGUACCUCUGGUUACGUACUUAAUUCGUUCUGGAGGUCCGUUCUUAACCUGAAACUGUUCUUAACCUGAAGCACCACUUUAGCUAAUGGGGCCUCCCGCUGCUGCUGCGCCGCCGCUGCACAAUUUCUGUUCUCAUCCUGAAGCAAAGUUCUUAACCCGAGGUACUAUUUCUGGGUUAGCAGAGUCUGUAACCUGAAGCGUAUGUAACCUGAAGCGUAUGUAACCCGAGGUACCACUGUAAUAAUAAUAAUAAUAAUUUCCUAUACCCUGCCCAUCUGGCUGGGUUUCCCCAGCCACUCUGAGCGGCUCCCAACAGAAUAUUAAAAACAUGACAAAACAUCAAACAUUAAAAAGUUCCCUAAAGAGGGCUGCCUUCAGAUGCCUUCUAAAAGUCAGAUAGUUGUUUAUCCCCUUGACAUCUGAUGGGAGGGCGUUCCACAGGGCGGGUGCCACCACCGAGAAGGCCCUCUGUCCGGUUACCUGUAACCUCACUUCUCACAGUGAGGGAACCACCAGAAGCCCCUUGGAGCUGGACCUCAGUGUCCGGGCUGAACGAAGAAAAGAGCUAGAAGAAUAGAGUCCCCUCUCACGGAUGUAGCCAAACCUUUACCCCACAGAGAAGGAUGCACCUUCCUGUCUCUCACCUGGGAGCAUUCUAAGUAUAAGGCAGCUUCCUGUCGGAAAGGAGGAACGAGUGUUUUGCUUUGCACAAAGCUCUCGCCUGAGGUGUACAAUGACAGUGGACAGGCAGGUGAUCUCCUUCCACCUGCUACCUGGGAGCUUAUAAUUCACUGGAGUGCGUAAGGAUUAAACCGGUGACCUCCCUAUGCAAAGCGGAGACCCCUCCACACCACUGAGCAUCCCUUCUGAAGGCCAGUCUUGAAGGGCACAGAUGUACCUCACCAGGGAUGGACUCCCACAAACGGGGAACUACCGAUAGGGCCAGGCGGGGGGCAUUCCCAGCCCUAACGGCUCAGGACCGCAAUACCUCAAGGACCGCCUCUUUCCAAAUGAACCUACCCGGACCCUGAGAUCAUCUUCUGAGGCUCCUUCGUGUGCCUCCUCCUUGAGAGGUCCAGAGGGUGGCAACUCGAGAACGGGGCCUUCUCUGCAGUGGCUCCCUGCCUGUGGAAUGCUCUCCCCAGGGAAGUUUGCCUGGCGCCUUCAUUAUACACCUUUAGGCAACAGGCAAAAACGUUCCUUUUUAACCAGGCCUUUGGUUGAUCUGAUUACACCCUUUUAAAAUGUAGUGGUUUUUUUGUGGUGGUGGGGCUAUUGGGUUGUAGUUUUUAUUUUUCUUGUGUAUUUUGUGGUUUUAUAUCUUGAUUUUGUUCUGUGAACUGCCCUGAGACCCCCGGGUAUAGGGCGGUAUAUAAAUUCAAUUAAUAAUAAUAAUAAUAUUAAUAAUAAUAAUACAGUGGACGCUCGGGUUGUGAAUGUGAUCCGUGCGGGAUGCACGUUCGCAACCCGCAGCGUUCGCAACCCGCAGCUGUGCAUCUGCGCACGUGCAGGUUGUUAUUCAGUGCUUCUGCGCAUGUGCAAAGCACGAUUUAGUGCUUCUGCACAUGUGCGACUGCUGAAACCUGGAAGUAACCUGUUCCGGUACUUCCGGGUUUCAGCGGUCCAUAACCUGAAAAAACGCAACCUGAAGCAUCUGUAACCCGAGGUAUGACUGUAUUAAUAAUAAUAAUAAUAAAUACCUGGAGAUGCCAGUGGGACUUGGGACCUUCUACAUGUCAAGCAGGUGCCCUACCAUAGAGCCACAUCCCCUUGGCAAAAUCAGAGGGACAGAAAGUCUCAUAAACAGCCGGGGACUCCUGCUAAAAAAAAGAUCCCAGAGACCUAGAGGGGAGAGGAAGGAAAUAAUCAUGCACUUCGCAAAAUCCAUAGCUAGGCUCUUUCCACUUAAGAACAUCGGAAUGACUCUGUGUUUUCCUGAUGGAUCAAAGGUCCCGGCCGGCCAGUCGCUGUGGCAGCUCUGCUCACCCCCCCUCUCUUCUCUCUUUGCAGACGAGGGGUCCAAAGUCCCCCGACAUGAGUGACAAGAGGAACGAAUCCUGCCACGCUCUGAAAUGCAUCCCAGGUAUUCCGAUUUUGCUUUCUUUCUCAACCCUCUUUCGUGCGAUCCCAAACGUUAAAGCACAAUGCCUUGUUUAAAUGCGACUCGGUGUUGUGUAAAACACCAGGUCCUGAGGAACGGGUUGGUAUUGGGAGAUGGGGGAAUGGAGGACGACGGUGUGCUAUACAGUGAUACCUCGGGUUAAGUACUUAAUUCGUUCCGGAGGUCCGUACUUAACCUGAAGUUGUUCUUAACCUGAAGCACCACUUUACCUAAUGGGGCCUCCUGCUGGCACUGCGCCGCCGGAGCACGAUUUCUGUUCUUAUCCUGAAGCAAAGUUCUUAACCUGAAGCACUAGUUCUGGGUUAGCGGAGUCAGUAACCUGAAGCGUAUGUAACCUGAAGCAUAUGUAACCUGAGGUACCACUGUAUAGAGAUGUGGUCACCUCAGGCCCUCCGAAAAAGGAUUAUUGCAGAGCUGGGAAAAGGUUCAGAAAACCAACGAAAGGGAUCGGGGGGGGGGAGCGACUCCCCUGCGAGGAAACGGCGCUGUUUUGGGGACUUUAGAGAAAGAGGAGAGGAAAGUUUGGACGACAAGAGGCGUCCAAAACGAUAUGUGGCUUGGAGAGAGCAAACAGAGAAUUUUUUUCCUUGCUGGACAUCCAAGGAAUGCUGGAAGAUUCAGGACAGAUUAAAGGACGCCGUUCUUCACACAGCAGAGAGUUGAACUAUGGAACUCACUGCCUCGUUGUUGUUGUUGUUGAGUCAUUUAGUCGUGUCUGACUCUUCGUGACCCCCUGGACCAGAGCACGCCAGGCCCUCCUGUCUUCCACUGCCUCCCGUGGUUUGGUCAAACUCAUGCUGGUAGCUUCGAGAACACUAUCCAACCAUCUCGUCCUCUGUCGUCCCCUUCUCCAUGUGCCCUCCAUCUUUCCCAACAUCAGGGUCUUUUCCAGGGAGUCUUCUCUUCUCAUGAGGUGGCCAAAGUCUUGGAGCCCCAGCUUCAGGAUCUGUCCUUCCAGUGAGCACUCAGGGCUGAUUUCCUUCAGAAUGGAGAGGUUUGAUCUUCUUGCAGUCCAUGGGACUCUCAAGAGUCUCCUCCAGCACCAUAAGGGUUAGAAAUAUUCAUUGAGAGGACUAUUGGUGGUUAGUAACCCUGAUGGCUGCGCUGUGCCUCCGCAGCUGUGCUUUUGUGUUGGAAUCCUGAACUGCAAGUUCCCCUCAGAAGAAGAAGAGGAGUUUGGAUUUGAUAUCCCGCUUUAUCACUACCCGAAGGAGUCUCAAAGCGGCUAACAUUCUCCUUUUCCCUUCCUCCCCCACAACAAACACUCUGUGAGGUGAGUGAGGCUAAGAAACUUCAGAGAAGUGUGACUGGCCCAAGGUCACCCAGCAGCUGCAUUUGGAGGAGCAGGGAAUCGAACCCGGUUCACCAGAUUACGAGUCUACCGCUCUUAACCACUACACCACACUGGCUCCUCAGAGGCAUCUGGUUGGCCACUGUGGAAACAGGAUUCUGGCCUGAUCCAACAGGCUCUCCUUAGUAUUUUUAAUUAUUUUCCUUAAAGAAACACGCACCGUUCUUUGGCUACGAUCCCAUGGAGAGGUAGAACUUUCACCAUGGGUGUGUAUGGAGGAAUUUGCCCUGUGUUUGUACGUUGCAGCGAGGGUUAGCCCCCACCCACCCCGCUUUGGUGUUUUUUUUUCUGAGAAAGAGAAAUAUGCUUUGUUGGGUCUUUUAUUUGAAUACAAGCUUGGGGCGACCCCCCAUGAGGGAGCCACAAAGGGUUAAGGCAGGGGUCAGCAACCUUUUUCAGCCGUGGGCCGGUCCACCGUCCCUCAGACCUUGUCGGGGUCGGACUAUACUUUGGAGAAAUAAAAAGAACGAAUUCCUAUGCCCCACAAAUAACCCAGAGAUGCAUUUUAAAUAAAAGCAGGCAUUCUAUUCAUGUAAAAACACGCAGAUUCCCGGACCAUCCGCGGGUCGGAUUGGGAAGGUGAUUGGGCCUUAGGUUGCCUACCUGUGUUCUUAAACAGGGGUCAGCAAACUUUUCCAGCAGGGGGCCGGUCCACUGUCCCUCAGACUGUGUAAAGAUGAGAGGCAGUGUGGUGUAAUGGUUAGAGUGUCGAACCAGGAGCUGGGAGAGGCCAAGUUUCAAAUCCUCACCCAGUCAUGAAGCAUGCUGGGCGUGACUUCAGGCCAGACUCUGCUUCUCUCAACCUAACCUACCUCUCAGGGUUGCUGUGAGGAUUAAAUGAGGUUGGGGUGGGGGCAGAACCAUCCUGAGCUCCUUGGAAGAAAAGGUGGGGUUUAAACGGAACAGAUAAAUAAUAAUGAAUAGACAAUCCAGCCGAGUAUUUGCAUUGUGCUAAAAUGAGCUUUCAGCUGUGUACAAAAAUAGCAAUACUCGAGAGCGUCAGUAAAACACGUUUCAAGCCAUAGUCUAUUUCGAGUUCUGACAGGCGAUGGCUGAUUCCUUUGUGGGGUGGGCAGUGGGAUACAAUGUUUUAUAUUAUUGGAUUCCAGUUUGUAUGUUUAAGUGCACUUUGUCUUUCUGGGAAGAGCUGGGAGCUGUUGCGAUUCUUCCAGCUCGAUGAGUCUUCCUUCAUAAGGGGGUGGGAAGUGCUUUCCAAAUGCGUUUCGGUAUGCAAAACAAGCUGAAACUUGUAUUAGCACAAGACGGGAGCUAUUUGGAUAUCAUUUGUGUGUGUUUUUAAAAAGAGUGGACAUGUUAGAAGAUGCCUCGCAGGCCUGGAGAGAGUUUGUUAUUAUCGCUUCUGAUGCUGAGGAGCGAAUUACCGUAUUUUUUGCUCUAUAAGACUCACUUUUUCCCUCCUAAAAAGUAAGGGGAAAUGUGUGUGUGUCUGAUGGAGCGAAUGCAGGCUGCGCAGCUAUCCCAGAAGCCAGAACAGCAAGAGGGAUUGCUGCUUUCACAUCCCUCUUGCUGUUCUGGCUUCUGAGAUUCAGAAUAUUUUUUUCUUGUUUUCCUCCUCCAAAAACUAGGUGUGUCUUGUGGUCUCGUGCGUCUUAUAGAGCGAAAAAUACGGCAGGUAGAAAGUGGGCCACUGAACUUGCCAUACGGCAGUGAUAAAAGCCCUAGAGCAGGCAUAGGCAAACUCCGGCCCCCCAGAUGUUUUGAGACUACAACUCCCAUCAUCCCUGACCACUGGUCCUGUUAGCUAGGGAUGAUGGGAAUUGUAGUUCCAAAACACCUGGAGGGCUGGAGUUUGUCUCUGCCUGCCCUAGAGUGUGUAUCUGAAGAAGCGUGCAUGCACACGAAAGCUCAUACCAGUAACAAACUUAGUUGGUUUUUAAGGUGCUACUGGAAGGGAUUUUUAAAUUUUGUUCCAAAAGUCCUAGAGGUUAGGCGAGGAGACACCCAGGGAAAAAAGGUGGGCAGGCACCUCUUUGCAGUAGAAGAGAUUUUCUUUCACUCUUUCUUUGCAGAGGCAGGCUUGCUUAUGGCACCCAGGACUUAUUUAUCUAUCACAUUUAUAUUCCACUUUUUCCUCCAAGGAGCUCAGGGUGGCAGACAUGGCUCUCCCCACUAUUAUUUAAUCCCCACAACAGCCCUAUGAGGUAGGUUAGGCUGAGGGGCCUAGUUGGGGGGAUUCGAACCCUGGUCUCUCCAAGGUCCGAGUUGAACACAUUAACCCAUGGGUAGGCAAACUAAGGCCCAGGGGCCAGAUCCGGCCCAAUCGCCUUCUAAAUCUGGCCCGCAUACGGUCCGAGAAUCAGCGUUUUUUUACAUGAGUAGAAUGUGUCCUUUUAUUUAAAAUGCAUCUCUGGGUUAUUUGUGGGGCAUAGGAAUUCGUUCAUCCCCCCCCCCAAAAGAAUAUAGUCCGCCCCCCCAAGGUCUGAGGGACAGUGGACCGGCCCCCUGCUAAAAAUGUUUGCUGACCCCUGCAUUAACCACUAGGAAUGGAUGUCUGCAGGUGUGUUUGUGGAAGGGGGAACCAGAAUGUCAGUAUUUUGUGGGAGGAACUCGAGCGUGUUCUGGAAAGGCAGAUUUGCACUGUUGAAGUCACACAAAAACAUUUACCGUAUUUUUUGCUCUAUAAGACUCACUUUUUCCCUCCUAAAAAGUAAGGGUAAAUGUGUGUGCGUCUGAUGGAGCGAAUGCAGGCUGCGCAGCUAUCCCAGAAGCCAGAACAGCAAGAGGGAUCGCUGCUUUCACUGCGCAGCGAUCCCUCUUGCUGUUCUGGCUUCUGAGAUUCAGAAUAUUUUUUUUCUUGUUUUCCUCCUCCAAAAACUAGGUGCGUCUUAUGGUCUGGUGCGUCUUAUAGAGCGAAAAAUACGGUAACUAGCGGGGAAGGAGAAACUUGUUUUGUCUUCCCCGCGUACCUUUUUAGAGGCGAGAGAGGGAGGGAAGUGUUUGCGUGGCAAAUGAUUAACCAGAGUGGGACCUUAGUAGAAAAAGGGCAGCCAGCCUGGCGUCUCUGAAGCAGUCGGAGCUUUGCUCUCAGUGAGGGAGUCCUGCCUGCCCUUGUUGCUUGGACACCUGGGGGUUGUAGCAGCCCUAGAGGGCAAACACUGGGUGCUUUCCUGCUUGGCAAAGGCUUUGCAUGGCGACUGGGAACCUGGCCAGGGGAACAGGAAGGAGGAGCAAGGCGAGAGGGGGAACUUCCAGAACAGGAUGCACAUGGGCCACUUUGUCACCCCCAGAAAUCCCCCACGCGUGCUCCCAGCACCUCCUGAUUUUUUUAAAAAAUAAAGAAUGUGAAUCUUUAUUUUUGCCUUGCUGUUUAGUUGGAUGGAUUGCCUACUUUUGGGGAAAUGCUGCCUGCUCGGGUUUUUUUCCCUCGGUCUACGUUUUAUUUGGAGUGUGUGGACAUAUGAACGGUCUUCUGGAUCAUGAUGCCUGUGAGGAACCUGCAAGAUGGAUCAGAGCCCAAGGUCACUUUGCUCUCCUGAGGUUUCCGGCAACUUGGAUUCAGAAGCACCGUGGAGGCAGAGCAAAGCCACUGCGGCUAGUAGCUGAGUUAGAAAGGACCACGAGCAUCUGGUCCAUGAAUUUGGCCAGUCCUUUUUUAAAGCCAUCACUUUUGGUGGCCAACAGGGCAGGGCGUUCCAUAGCUUAGCUAUGCAUUCAUGUAUAAGUAGGAAUUUUGCCUUUUGGGGGGGACAUUCUGAGCACCACCAGUUUUUCUUCUGUGAAAUGGGUACAGCGGACGCUUGGGUUGCGAACGUGAUCCGUGCGGGAUGCACGUUCGCAACCUGCAGCGGUGAAACUGUGCUGGUUGCGAUUCGGCGCUUCUGCGCAUGCGCAACCACCGAAACCCGGAAGUAACCCAUUACAGUACUUCUGGGUUUUGGCGCUCCGUAACCCGGAAAAUGCAACCUGAAGCAUCUGUAACCCGAGGUAUGACUGUAUUUCUGGAUGCCAGUGACAACUCUCUUAGAUUUCCAUAUGUGCCCCCCCCCCAGACCAAAAGGGCAGGGCUUUCCAUAGCUUAACUAUGCAUUCAUGUAUAAGUAGGAAUUUUGCCUUUUGGGAGCAACAUUCUGAGCACCACCAGUUUUUCUUCUGUGAAAUGGGUACAGUGGUACCUCAGGUUAAGUACUUAAUUCGUUCCGGAGGUCCGUUCUUAACCUGAAACUGUUCUUAACCUGAAGCACCACUUUAGCUAAUGGGGCCUCCUGCUGCUGCCGUACCGCCGGAGCAUGAUUUCUGUUCUUAUCCUGAAGCAAAGUUCUUAACCCGAGGUAAUAUUUCUGGGUUAGCGGAGUCUGUAACCUGAAGCGUAUGUAACCCGAAGCGUAUGUAACCCGAGGUACCACUGUAUUUCCAGAUGCCAGUGACAACUCUCUUAGAUUUCCAGGUAUGCCCCUUCCCCCAGACCAAAAGGUCUAGGUACACACACACACACACACAAGCUUCUCUCUCCUUUUCUCUUCUCCAGGAGUUUCUGAAAGCUUCCUGUGCAAGCUCCCAUUGCAAGGUGUUUCUCCCAAGUCCCCUUCACUGUGAAUUAAUUCUUUCCUGCAGGCGAAUAUAUCCGAGAAGAGGCAGCUCACGUGCGGAAAAGCAUCCCUUCCCAAGAUGGAGAAGCGACCUACAUCCCAGGCACCCUCUACUGCACCAACCUGAGAGUGGCUUUCUUACCAGACCCGUCUCCAAACACAGAGGUGAGUUACCCACUGGGUUUCUGCAACGCUGCCUUGUCCAGAAAAGAAGUGGGUACCUUCUUCAAAGCAAGUCAGACCAUUGGUCUUAUCAUAGAACCCUUCCCUUAAAAACAAGGCAAGAUUCCAGACCUUAAGAUUUGGGGGGGGGGGAAGGGAACUUAAUUUAAAUUGGAACGGCCUUAUACUGACAAUCAGUGCAUCUAGUUCAGGACUGCCUGCACUGGCUGGCAGCAGCUGCCCCUGGUUUCAGGGAGGAGAUUUCCCUAGACCUUCAUGGAAAUGCCACUAAGUUUAAAAUAAUGCUAAGAUUCUAGUCCUCAUGGUUUGGAAUCAAGGGCUGACUUAGGAAGCUGCCUUCUACCGAAUCAGACUCCUCUGGUCCAUCAAGCUCAGUACCGUAUACACUGACUGGCAGCAGCGGCUUUCCAGGAUUUUACCUAGAGAUGCCUUCAGGGACUGAACCUUCUGCUUGCAAGGCAGGUGUCCCACCACCAGGCUACAGUUCUUUCCCUUAAACAGUUUCCACUGAUUCUGGAAUAAAAUGCCAUAGCCUGAGUCAGACGACUGGCCCAUCUAGCUAGAUAUUGCCCACACUGGCUGGCAGCAGCUCUCUGGGGUUUGAGGCAGGGUUUCUCCCCUAGCCCAAUCUGGAGAUGCCAGGGAUGACUGAACCUGGGACCUUCUGCUUGCAAGGGGACUGCUCCCUUCCCAAAAUGAAGGCGUGCUAGGUGCCGUAAACCCAGCUGAGAGCAAUUCCUCUCUUUUUCUCCAGGAUUGUUCCUGCCAAACUUUCAUGCACAGCGACUACGACGUUGCCCUCCCUUGCAUUGGGAGACUGCUCGCCGGUAAGGUUAAGAGGGCUGCCUUAAAUCAUCUCCUUCCGCCCUUGAUUGUAAGCCCCUCGGGGCAGAGACCUCUGAUCUUGCUGUAACCCCUGUAACUCCUUUCCCCUGUAGUUAACACAUGGCUUCUGCUUUUCUUAUUCUCCAAGUCAACAGCUUCACCAAGGCUAAAGUGCUCACCAGUACCUCGACCCUGAAAUUCAUCCCAGAGGAGCUGAUCAUCUGCUGCCGGGAUUUCCGGGUGCUGCGGUUCCGGUUCCACGACAGCGGCUUGGAGCCUCAGGCCUUCCGGGUGAGUCGCGGGAAGGGGGGAGACACAGAAUUAAGCAGUGGCAUAAUCCAUCAACUUGAUCUGCCAUUCUUCUCUGCUAGGGACUUUAUCUUCUUUCCAUCUCUGGGCCAGUAACAUCCACGCAGCUGUGGUCGCAUACAUAAAUAGUCUUUUCUGCUCCCUUGGGAUUUCAGCAUCUAGAAUUUCUAAAAGGAAGGCUUCAGGGGUUUUUUUUUUAACAAAAGGUUAUUUUAAACAUUCCCCCCCCCCCAACUCAUUAUAUAUCAUUUCCCAGAAUUCUUUUACUACUUUACAUUUCCACCACAUAUGAUAAAAGGUGCCUAAUAUGUGCGUAUAUAUAUGUGUGCAUUUGUGUUUUAAAGAAACUAGCCAACUGUACAAAGGUAAAAUAUGCAGAAAUGGCUCUGGCUGCUUUUGCCUCUGACCCUGCCCACCUCUGGAAUACGGCCCCUAGAAGCUUGCCCAGAAGGGAGUAUGGCCCUCUGCUGGGCUUAACCCUCUCCCUGCCAUGCUGUUCCAGGUCUCGAUGGCUAUCGCUCAAGCUCACGAGAGCAGCACCAGGGAUGGCUCCUACGAAGAUGCCGCCCUGAAGAACUUGGGUGAGUCCAGCUGGCCGAGGGGGAGGGAGACGCUGGCUGCCUUGAGGGUCAAUCGAUCCUUAUGCCUCUUUUGCCACUGCAGGGACCGGCCGGCUGAAUCAGGAGGAGGAGGUGCUGGAGGAGGAAGAGGAGAAGAAGGAGGACGGGUCCCCAACCCUCUUGUUCCAGACCCUCCGGGACUGGGAGAAGGAGCUGCAGAGAAUCGGGGCCGCGGGUUGGCGCGUCAGCCCUGUCAAUGAGCGCUUUGACAUGUCCACCAGGUGUAAUAUAUGGCCUAUGGGGUUGGUUUUCUGGGAAGAAGGAGGUGGUGGGGAGGGACCCUAAAUUGUACUGAGCCAGGUGUCACAAGGGGGUGUGUGACUCUGUUUUAAGGCAGCUCCCUGUGUCCCAACUUGAAUUGGUGCUUUCUUCUGAGGACUAGGAUUCUAGAACGGUAGGAUGUGCAGUCACCGUAGCAGUCAAGUACAACGUUUCCUGUUUGCCCAGAGUGGACACACAGGGGGAUGUUACUCCAGCCAGGAGGACUUCCUGUCACACCUGUCUGGAACAUCCUCCCCCUGCGUGUGACCAGGGAGACCCCAUAAAAGGGCUGGUCAUGCAACCACCUUCCAUUCUCCAUGCUGCUCCUUCUCUUGUCCUUCCUUCUCUUGGUGUUAUUUUGCUGUUUGCCGGCUCUCAGCCAGCAGCACAUGGGCUCAGUCCCCCUAAGGGAUGAACCCACACUCUCUUCUGUAACUACAAGCUAAAGCCUGCCUUCAGGGACCCUACUGUGAACUGAAUGCGAGUAAACUUCUUAUUACUUUUAAUAGAAGACUGUUGUCUCUUUAUUCUUUUAAGAGGGAAUUGAAGGGGUCCCUGUUCCUGCCAACCUAGCAGUUCGAAAGCACGUCAAAGUGCAAGUAGAUAAAUAGGUACCGCUCCAGCGGGAAGGUAAACGGUGUUUCCGUGUGCUGCUCUGGUUCGCCAGAAGCAGCUUAGUCAUGCUGGCCACAUGACCCGGAAGCUGUACACCGGCUCCCUCGGCCAGUAAAGCGAGAUGAGCACCGCAACCCCAGAGUCGGUCACGACUGGACCUAAUGGUCAGGGAUCCCUUUACCUUUUUAAAGGGGAAUUUACCAGGAACAAAUCCAAUCUGGACAAGCCAGACUGGAUUGCUUAACUCAAGAGAUUCAGACGAAUCUACCAACUAGCCUUCUGCAACGUACAGGGGAAUGUACUCUGCUACUAGCUCGCCAGCGUGAGUGAGGAAGGAUAAUAUUUAAUCAAUAUAUCCUCCCCUACUACCCACAACAUUCCCACAAGAACUAGAAUCUUAAUUUAUGCAUAGGACAAGGGUCACAGCUCCAUGAUAGAACAUGUGUUUCGCAUGCAGAAUGGGCCCAACGACAUUUCCAGGUAGGGCUGGGAAUGAUUGCUGCUCAUCAGCCUAGAUAAGACUGAAAGAGAGGAACUCAAAUGGUUUGGCUCUGUAAAAGGCUGCCUCCUCUUUCCCCUCCUCUGUCUGCUUCCUCUCUCUGCAGCCUCCCCCAAUACUUGUGGGUGCCCAGUUGGUUUCUGGACAAUGAGCUGAAGAGGGCCUUUGUCCAUUUCAAUGAAAGACGCAUCCCGGUGAGCAACCUGAGCAUGCUUGGCUUGGGUGGGUCCGGUGGGUGUGUCUUAAAUGGCGUACAUUGACUCCCAACCCCCAAAUCCAGCAAAUCCAUCACAAGGAAUCCCAUUCAGCUCCUUCCCUCUUCCGUCCCUCAGAGGCUGUGCUGGCAUCACCCGGCAGGCAGCGAUCUCCUUCGAGCGGCCAGUUUCCACCCUGAUUCAGACCCAGAGAAGGAAGACAUGAGGUACGUUGCUGGGGGGGGGGGCGAUUGAAGAGAAGGGGGGCUGUGGGAAAGACGGGGGUCCCUGCCCUCAAAAGCGCUUCCAGUCUUGGGGAAUUUCCAGGCCACUUUUAUUUUUUUAUUACACCUGUCCACACUCUUGCCAUUUUAAACACCACCUCGGAAGGUUUCUGACUCCACCUCUCAGAGAUUAUUUAGCUGUCAUCUCUGUACUGCAGCAAAGGGGUUGUGCUAGAUGGCCUCUGAGGGACCUUUUCAAUUCUACAAAUCUAUGAUUCUAUAUCAGGGGUAGGCAACCUAAGGCUUAGGGGCUGGAUGCAGCCCAAUCGCCUUCUCAAUCCGGCCCACGGAUGAUCCGGGAAUCAGCAUGUUUUUACAUGAGUAGAAUGUGUGCUUUUAUUUAAAAAGCAUCUCUGGGUUAUUUGUGGGGCCUGCCUGGUGUUUUUACAUGAGUAGAAUGUGUGCUUUUGAUUAAAAUGCAUCUCUGGGGUAUUUGUGGGGAUAGGAAUUUGUUCAUUCCCCCCCCCCAAAAAAUAGUCCAGCCCCCCACAUGGUCUGAGGGACAGUGGACCGGCCCCCUGCUGAAAAAGGGGCCCCCUGUUCUAUAUACAAGGGGAAAGGGACAGGGAGGGAAGAGGAAAAACUCAAGCUCAGCCCUCAGUUCUUAGAAAGUACAGCGGUACUUCGGGUUACAUACGCUUCAGGUUACAGACUCCGCUAACCCAGAAAUAGUACCUCGGGUUAAGAACUUUGCUUCAGGAUGAGAACAGAAAUCGUGCGGCAGCAGUGGGAGGCCCCAUUAGCUAAAGUGGUACCUCAGGUUAAGAACAGUUUCAGGUUAAGAACGGACCUCCAGAACGAAUUAAGUACUUAACCCAAGGUACCACUGUAGUUCCUUGAUAGAAAGGUGGCAGUCGAGGGAGAGGAGGCCUCUGGCGUUACUGGUUUGCCACAGCAGAGUGACAUAGGGAGCUCAGCUUCCCAUCUCUCACAUCGUAGAGGUGGGAGUUGGAAGGGACACCAAGGGCCAUCUAGUCCAACCCCCUGCAAUGCCGGAACCACAGCUAACCCUAAGCCACUAAAGCAUAUAUUUCUUAAAGGUGAGAUUCAAACUUGUAUCAGUUUGCUGGAAGCUCAGCUUUGCCUCCCUCAUCUCUCUCUUUCUGCAGAUCAGUGGAAACUCUGAUGCUCGCUGGCCACCCCCAAUGUGUGAUCGUCGAGGUGACGGCAGACCUCCCCAGCCCCCCGGAGAUCCAGCAGUCCUACUCCAAGCUCUGGAACCUGAGCCUCUGCAUGGCUGGUGAGAAGAGGAAAUCGCAGUGGGGCCGCCCUCUCGACAGGGGGCGCUCUUGAGUUAGGGAAAGGGCUGGAGCUCUGGAAGAGCACACAGCUUUGAACAUAGGAAGAUACCUGCAGCUAAAUCAGGCCAAUAACCCACCUUGCCCAGCAGCCUGUGCCCACAGCGACCAGCCAGGUGCCCCAGAAGGAAACCCACAAGCAGGACCCCCAAGUACAAGAGCAACUCCCCCCUUCUUCAGAAGCAUUGCUGCUGUUUCCGAGCACAAUUCAAAGUGUUGGUGCUGACCUUUAAAGCCCUAAACGGCCUCGGCCCAGUAUACCUGAAGGAGCAUCUCCACCCCCAUUGUUCAGCCCGGACACCGAGGUCCAGCUCCAAGGGCCUUCUGGCAGUUCCCUCCCUGUGAGAAGCCAAGUUACAGGGAACCAGGCAGAGGGCCUUCUUGGUGGUGGCGCCCGCCCUGUGGAACGCCCUCCCUUCAGAUGUCAAAGAGAAAAAUAACUACCAAACUUUUAGAAGACAUCUAAAGGCAGCCCUGUUUGGGGAAGCUUUUAAUGUUUGACAGACUAUUGUAUUUUAGUGUUUUGUUGGAAGCCGCCCAGAGUGACUGGGGAAACCCAGGCAGAUGGCUGACUGACCGAACCCAAAGGGUGCUCAUCAAUGGUUCCUCUUCAUCCUGGAGAAGAGUGACUAGUGGGGUGCCACAGGGUUCUGUCUUGGGCCCGGUCUUAUUCAACAUCUUUAUCAAUCACUUGGAUGAUGGACUCAAGGGCAUCCUGAUCAAAUUUGCAGAUGACACCAAACUGGGGGGGUGGCUAACACCCCAGAGGACAGGAUCACACUUCAAAACGACCUUGACAGAUUAGAGAACUGGGCAAAAACAAACAAGAUGAAUUUUAACAGGGAGAAAUGUAAAGUAUUGCACUUGGGCAAAAAAAAUGAGAGGCACAAAUACAAGAACCGACACACCAGGCUUGAGAGCAGAACAACAGAAAAGGAUCUAGGAGACUUGGAUGACCACAAACAUCACAUGAGCCAACAGUGUGACGCGGCAGCUAAAAAGCCAAUGCAAUUCUGGGCUGCAUCAAUAGGAGUAUAGCAUCUAGAUCAAGGGAAGUAAUAGUGCCACUGUAUUCUGCUCUGGUCAGACCUCACCUGGAGUACUGUGUCCAGUUCUGGGCACCACAGUUCAAGAAGGACACUGACAAACUGGAACGUGUCCAGAAGAGGGCAACCAAAAUGGUCAAAGGCCUGGAAACGAUGCCUUAUGAGGAACGGCUAAGGGAGCUGGGCAUGUUUAGCCUGGAGAAGAGGAGGUUAAGGGGUGAUAUGAUAGCCAUGUUCAAAUAUAUAAAAGGAUGUCACAUAGAGGAGGGAGAAAGGUUGUUUUCUGCUGCUCCAGAGAAGCGGACACGGAGCAAUGGAUCCAAACUACAAGAAAGAAGAUUCCACCUAAACAUUAGGAAGAACUUCCUGACAGUAAGAGCUGUUCGACAGUGGAAUUUGCUGCCAAGGAGUGUGGUGGAGUCUCCUUCUUUGGAGGUCUUUAAGCAGAGGCUUGACAACCAUAUGUCAGGAGUGCUCUGAUGGUGUUUCCUGCUUGGCAGGGGGUUGGACUCGAUGGCCCUUGUGGUCUCUUCCAACUCUAUGAUUCUAUGAGAUGGGCGGGGUAUAAAUAAUAAAUUAUUAUUAUUAUUAUUAUUAUUAUUAUUAUUAUUAUUAUAUGGCCAUGGAGACAGAGCAAGCCACUGUGGCUGGUUAGUCCAAUCCUCUUUUAACACCACCCAAGUUUCAAAGCCAGCACUGGCUCCUGUGGCAGUGAGUUCCGUAGUUUGUCCACGUGGUGCACAAAGAGGUACUUUCUUUUACCUAAUAGUAAUAAUAAUAAUUUAUACCCCGCCCAUCUGGCUGGGUUUCUCCAGCCACUCUGGGAGGCUUCCAACAGAAUGUUAAAAUACAACAACCUAUUAAACAUUAAAAGCUUCGCUAAAGAGGGCUGCCUUCAGAUGUCUUCUAAAAGUCUGGUAGUUGUUUUUCUCUCCACAGGGCUUUCCACAGGGCGGGUGCCACUACCGAGAAGGCCCUCUGCCUGGUUCCCUGUAACUUAUCUUCCAAGAAAGACUGGAAGGGCCCAGGAGAGGCAGAUUUAGGGGAACACAACCCGUGCGCAUGAGGCCUCGGGGGGUGCUGCAGGGGAUGCUACAACUAUUAGCGUGGAGCGUGAGAGGUGGUGGUGAGGCGCCCAUUGUUUUUUGCACUGCACAGGGUACUGCAGAAAUUUGACCUGGGGGGUCCGAUGCCUGAAGGCAUUUCCAAGCAGGGCCAGAAAGGACUCCUAGUCUGGAAGCCCAGAGAGCCUCUGCCAGUCAGUUGUUGACAAGACUGAGCUAGAUGCAGCACUCAGCAGAAGGGUUACGUUCUCCGAGCUGCACAGGUGGCAGAAAACCUGUCCAAGACAUUGAUGUGAGCUUCAAACCUGGGUCAAACCACACAGAGCGUACCAAUUGAGCCAAGGAGAGGGGAUCAUAAGGAGUCUCUCCCCCUGCCGACCACCAGUUUUAGAUAGUACAGUGGUAAAAAAAGGGUAAAGGGACCCCUGACCAUUAGGUCCAGUCGUGACUGGCUCUGGGGUUGCGGCGCUCAUCUCACUUUACUGGCCGAGGGAGCCGGCGUACAGCUUCUGGGUAAUGUGACCAGCAGGACUAAGCCGCUUCUGGCGAACCAGAGCAGCACACGGAAAUGCCAUUUACCUUCCCACCGGAGUGGUACCUAUUUAUCUACUUGCACUGGCAUGCUUUCGAACUGCUAGGUUGGCAGGAGCAGGGACCGAGCAAUGGGGGCUCACCCCGUCGCGGGGAUUCGAACCGCCAACCUUCUGAUCGGCAAGUCCUAGGCUCUGUGGUUUAACCCACAGCGCCACCCGCGUCCCACAGCGCCACCCGAGUACAGUGGUACCUCGGGUUAAGUACUUAAUUUGUUCUGGAGGUCCGUUCUUAACCUGAAGCACCACUUUAGCUAAUGGGGCCUCCUGCUGCUGCCGCUGCACCACCGGAGCACGAUUUCUGUUCUCAUCCAGAAGCAAAGUCCUUAACCUGAAGCACUAUUUCUGGGUUAGCAGAGUCUGUAACCUGAAGCCUAUGUAACCUGAAGUGUAUGUAACCCGAGGUACCACUGUACCUGGAGAGGUGUUGAGAUGAACACCUCUGUACAAACCAGCCCUUAUUCUCUCCCAGAGAGAUUCUACUGGGCUACGCGUUAAUCCCUCUGUGGACAUUCCUGAUGCGUCUCCAGAAUGCUUCAUGACUCACAGGGUGGAGAGGAAUCUUCCUGCCCUCCAGAGGCCACAAAUGAGGAAUCGGAAUAAAAAUAACACAAGAUAUUUAUUUUUUAUUUUUGUGCAGCUGCCUCGAAACUGGCGGCUGACUGUUCCAGACCUCCGCUGGGGAUCCUAUUUUUGGAGGAACGGCGCAGCUGGUUUCCGAAGGAUUUUGAAGCCUGGCGCUCUAUUCUUAGCCCUUCGGAUUAGGUUGCCCAAAAGACAAAAUAAUAAUUAAAAAGGCGGAAUUCGCUCACACGAGAGGAAGGGGUGGCCAUCGACCUGGGUAGUUUUAAAGAGGAUAAGGCAAAUUCAGUGGUUGCUAGCUGUGAUGGCUACGUCCUGCCCCCAUUGUUGGAGGCAGUACAGUCAUACCUUGGUUGACGAACGCCUUAGCAGUCGAACGUUUUGGCUCCCGACCGCCGCAAACCUGGAAGUGAGUGUUCCAGUUUGAGAACUUUCUUUGGGAAGCUGAACAUCUGGCAGGGCUGCAAAGAGAACAACAACUACCAGACUUCUAGAAGACAUCUUAAGGCAGCCCUGUUUAGGGAAGCUUUUAAUGUUUGAUGCAUAACUGUAUUUUAAUAUUUUGUUGGAAGCCGUCCAGAGUGGCUGGGGAAGCCCAGCCAGAUGGGCAGGAUAUAAAUAAUAAAUUAUUAUUAUUAUUAUUAUUAUUAUUAUUAUUAUUAUUCCACAGCUUCCAAUUGGCUGCAGGAAGCUGCACCUUGGAAGUUGAACGGACUUCUGGAAUGGAUUCUGUUUGGCUUCCUAGGUACGACUGUAAAUGCCUCUGAAUUUUACUGGCAGUCACUGGUGGGGGGUUCGCUGUAGCUCUCAGGUCCUGCUUGGUCUUACUGCUGGAGAGGAGAACAGCUCUUGCGUUCAGUGCCUGCUUGAAUGUUUCCCUUUAGGGCACUUGGUUGGCCACUGUGAGAACACGGUGCUGGGCUUGACAUGUCCCCUUUGGCCUCAUCCGGCAGCCAAGCUCUUCUGGUGAUUCUAAGGCACACUGAUAAAAGUCUGUGUUCUGUUUUUGCACAACACGGAGCCCUUUCCUGUGUGCUCUUGAUUCCCCUUCUAGAUUCCUUCGUCUCGUCCUCCGAUGAGAAGUGGCUCUCAAGCCUCGAAGGGACACGGUGGCUGGAUCACGUGAGGUGAGCUGCGUCUCUUGCCACCCCCUCAGCCGGUCCCUCUGGCUACAGUGAGGACAGGCUCCCAUCUCUGUCUCCCCUUCUCUCUGUCUGAAGAGGCUCGGACGAAUUUGUAGUGGUGGAAGGCGACUGAAGGCUGCUCGCCGUGAUGGCCACGCUCCUCAGGUUGGAGUCAGAAAUGCUUUUCUGAAUGCUGGCUGCUGGGCACCGCAGGAUGGAGAAUCACUGUUGUAUUUGGGUCCUGUUUGUGGGCUUAUCAUUGGGGCAUCUGGUUGGCCCCUGGGGGAACAGGAGGGUGAACAAGAUGGGCCCCCUUUGGCCUGAUCCUGCAGGCUCUUCUUGUGUCCUUUAUUGCAGCAGGCUUCCUCCUUCUUUCUAGGGUGUGCUUGAAGAAGGCCAGUGAAGUGGCUGUGCUGCUGGCUGAGAGAAGCCGCUCUGUCCUCCUCCAAGGUAAAGAGAGGGUUUCUUUCCUCUGUGUUUCUUCUGCAGAGGGGAUCCACUGCAGGAUGUACAGUGUCCCCAAUGGGACAUUCUUCCAAUGACAGUGAGAUGGACCAACUCUGGUCUGCCCGCCCCCAGCCUCGGUGACUCCUGGUCACCUUGGAGUCUCCAUCACCCUGAAGCUAUCCUUUCUCACCCUCCAUUCAUUCCCCCCUCCCAGAAUCGGAUGACAGGGACUUGAAUUGCUUGCUGGCCUCCUUGGUGCAAGUCAUUUCAGACCCACACGCCAGAACCAUCUCCGGCUUCCAGAGCCUGGUCCAGAAAGAGUGGGUGGCGACCGGGCACCCGUUCCUGCAGCGCCUGAACCUCCUCCAGAAAAAUGACCGGGAUGAGGUGAGUUGGACCCCUGAAAAUGGGAUGACCCCUGCAUUUAACGGUGAUUCUGGCACUGCAAUGGGGGUGGUGGAAUUGUUGACCCUGGGGGUUCCUUCCAACCCUACAAUUUAUGAUUGAGGGCUAUCAGAAGCUCUUUCGUACUGAGUCAGAGCACCGGUCCAUCUAGUUCAGUAUUGUCUACACUGAGGGCCAUCGAAUCUCCAGGAUUUCAGACCAGGGAGUCUCUCUCCAGUCCUAUCCUGAGAUGCCAUUGGGGAAUGAACCUCAACAAACCUAAAAGCAGCUUACCAAAAACAUUGUUGUUUAGUCAUUUAGUCGUGUCCGACUCUUCGUGACCCCCUGGACCAGAGCACGCCAGGCACUCCUGUCUUCCACUGCCUCCCACAGUUUGGUCAAACUCAUGUUAGUAGCUUCGAGAACACUGUCCAACAAUCUCGUCCUCUGUCGUCCCCUUCUCCUUGUGCCCUCCAUCUUUCCCAACAUCAGGGUCUUUUCCAGGGAGUCUUCUCUUCUCAUGAGGUGGCCAAAGUCUUGGAGUCUCAGCUUCAGGAUUUGUCCUUCCAGUGAGCACUCAGGGCUGAUUUCCUUCAGAAUGGAUAGGUUUGAUCUUCUUGCAGUCCAUGGGACUCUCAAGAGUCUCCUCCAGCACCAAAAACAUAAAACAAUAAUAGUAUCAGUAAGAUAUGUUGUUGGCAUCUGUUUGUCCAGUGAGACGAUGGAGUGCAUCUCCAGGGAUGAAGUCUAACUGCUGUGUUAGCAGCGCCAGUGACCUCCCUGGGGUAUAAACAUGGGCAAUGUGCCUGGUGGUGCCCAGACAAGACCCCCCCCCUCAGGCUCGCUGAUGUGGUCCCAAGGUAAUCAGAGCAAGAUGUUUGGCACCAGCUGGGCUGCAGGACAUGCCAGAAGGAGGUGUACGAGGUGCCAUCCAACCAUCCUAGGGACUGGAUUUGUGUAGGGUUUACUCCUUAGCAUUUUCUUCUCCUGAAGAUAUCCCAAAAGGCAGCAGAGGUUUAGGAUCAGAGUUUUGCUUCUCCUGGAUGGGCUACCUCCCCAGGUGGAAGACCCCCAUCUGCCCCUCACUUCAGUCCACAGAAUGUGCAGAAACCGCCGUCUUGACCGUUGGACCCACUACUGGUCUCGUCCACUCAAUCUCUUUGCACACAAGGGAAGUCCCUUAACUCACCCAAGGGUUUGAGUCCCAUCCGCUACCCUCACCUGGUCUAGCAACAAUGAUCUGAAACUUUCAUAGUUAGAAUAACAAAAGCCUAAAAACAGAUCAACACUUUCUAAGCAGAUGGGUAAAAAGGUAAAGGUAAAGGGACCCCUGACCAUUAGGUCCAGUUCCGGACGACUCUGGGGUUGCAGCGCUCAUCUCGCUUUAUUGGCCGAGGGAGCUGGCGUACAGCUUCCGGGUCAUGUGGCCAGCAUGACUAAGCCGUUUCUGGCGAACCAGAGCAGUGCACGGAAACACCGUUUUCCUUCCCGCUGGAGCGGUACCUAUUUAUCUACUUGCACUUUGACGUGCUUUCGAACUGCUAGGUUGGCAGAAGCAGGGACCGGCCAACGGGAGCUCACCCUGUUGCAGGGAUUCGAACCACCAGCCUUCAGAUUGGCAAGUCCUAGGCUCUGUGGUUUAACCCACAGCGCCACCCGCGUCCCCAAACAGCUGGGUAGGCUGCCUAAACAAGAGCAUUUUUAGCAGGAGCCAAAAAGAGUGCAGCAAAGGUGCCCUUGCCUGGUGUCCAUAGGCAGGGAGUUCCAAAGUGUAGGUGCUGCGACACUUUCUCUCUCUCUCUCUCUCUCUCUCUCUCUCUCUCUCCUUCCUUCCUUCCUUCCUUCCUUCACCACCCAUCUGGCUGGGUUUCCCAGAGUUAAAAACACGAUAAAACAUCAAGCAUAAAAAACUUCCCUGAACCUUCAGAUGUCUUCUAAAAGUCAGAUAGUUGACUUAUUUCCUUUACAUACGGUGGGAGGGCGUUCCACAGGGCGGGCGCUACCACCAAGGAGGCCCUCUGCCUGGUUUCCUGUAACCUCACUUCUCACAGUGAGGGAGCCAUCAGAAGGCCCUCGGAGCUGGACCUCAGCGUCUGGGCUGGAUGAUGGGGGUGGAGACGCUCCUUCAGGGAUACUGAAUUUGAAAGAUCAAAUUCUUACAAAACGCAGAACGGGUAUUUUGUAGCCCCUGUAAGGGCGCCCCACCAAUCAAAGUGGCCAAGUGAUGCUUUAGUGCUAUGCUGCAGACUUUGCCCUAAAAUCAAAGUAAGGUUCUGGUCCUCAUUGUUCUGAGUAAGGGUCCCAUGGAAAGAAGAACACAGAAAGUCUCAGAUGCUCCAUCCCUGACCUGAAGCCUUUCUCCGUAGAGGAGGAGAGAGAAUAAAUGUGCUCAGGGAAAAGAAAUGGGAGCAUUUCAGUCUCUUUCCCCCUUUCACCCCUUUUUGCAGUCGCCGGUCUUCCUGCUGUUCCUGGACUGCACCUGGCAGCUCUUGCAGCAGUUUCCCGGGUCCUUCCAGUUCACUGAGGCCUACCUGGUGGCUCUACACGAAAGCAGCUAUGUCCCAUUCUCCAGCACCUUCCUCUUCAACUGCCAGUGGGAGAGAGGGCGGAGAAACCAGGUGAGUUGAGCUUGGGGGAUGGGGGACGGACACCCAGCCUGGUCUGGCACUUGUGAACCUAUAUAUUUGAGCUGAUUUAUUGUAUUUCUGUGCCAUUGCAUGGAAACAGAAUGGGAUUUUUGGAAAGUAAAGCACUCCUCUCUCACCUCUUGACAGCAGCCUAGGGGCUGUAUUGCCAAACCCUGGAAAACCUUUGAUCUUAAUAAUUCGGAUUGCUGGUCCUCAAGGCUGUGAUGGCUCAGGACUUCAAUAUUUCAUUACAGUGGUACCUCGGGUUAAGCACUUAAUUUGUUCCGGAGGUCCGUUCUUAACCUGAAACUGUUCUUAACCUGAAGCACCACUUUAGCUAAUGGGGCCUCCUGCUGCUGCCGCGCCGCCGGAGCACAAUUUCUGUUCUCAUCCUGAAGCAAAGUUCUUAACCCGAGGUACUAUUUCUGGGUUAGCGGAGUCUGUAACCUGAAGCGUAUGUAACCCAAGGUACCACUGAAUUCGCCUUCUUCAUCUUCGUUAUGUCUGCACUUCUUUUCUUUUGCUUACGAAUCGAUAACAAUAAAAAGGGAAAACGAGGAAAAGCACUGCUUGGCUUUGAAAAGGGACAAGGGUUGGGCCAAAUUUGCUGGGUCUCUUGAGCUCUGUUCCGAUGCUGGGUGGGAAGGAGAGGCAAGACGACUUGAGCUGAUCAACCAGGGAUAGCCAAAAUGGUACUCUCAGGAGGCUGCCGUUUCCCAUCACCAUCAUCCCCAAGUGUUGACACUGUGCCAGUCGCUGGUAACUGGAGCCCAACAGAAUCUGGACGGCGUCAGGUUGGGGAAGGCUGUUCUAGCCAUUCUCUUCUCUGUGGCCUGCCUCUCCACUCUAGGAAUCAACUCCUUCUCUUUAAAGAUGGCGGUCCUGUGGCCCUCCGGCUGUUUUGGACUACAACUCCCACCAUCCCCGGGUCAUGGGCUGUGAUGACCUGUUGGAAGGUGGUGUCCUGCAACCACUGGAAGGUGCUAGGUUGGGGAAGGCUGCUGAAUCCAUUCUCUUCUCUGUGGCCUGCCUCUCCUCUCUAGGAAUCAGCUCCUCCUCUUGAAGGAUAGGGGAAAUCCUCACAAUAGCCCUGUAGAUCAUGGGUAGGCAAACUAAGGCCCAGGGGCUGGAUACAGCCCAAUUGCCUUUUAAAUCCGGCCCGCGGACGGUCCAGGAAUCAGUGUGUUUUUACAUGAGUAGAAUAAUAAUAAAUAAUUAAAAUAAUUUAUUAUUUAUACCCCGCCCAUCUGGCUGGGUUUCCCCAGCCACUCUGGGCGGCUUCCAACAAAACACUAAACUACAAUAACCUAUUAAACAUUAAAAGCUUCCCUAAACAGGGCUGCCUUCAGAUGUCUCCUAAAAGUCUGGUAGUUGUUUUUCUUUUUUGACCUCUGGUGGAAGGGCGUUCCACAGGGAGGACGCCACCACCGAGAAGGCCCUCUGCCUGGUUCCCUGUAACAUGGCUUUUUGCAGCGAGGGAACCGCCAGAAGGCCCUCGGUGCUGGACCUCAGUGUCCAGGCAGAACGAUGGCGGUGGAGAAUGUGUCCUUUUAUUUAAAAUGCAUCUCUGAGUUACUCGUGGGGCAUAGGAAUUUGUUGAUUAUUUUUUCCCCAAAAUAUAGUCCGGCCCCCCCACAAGGUCUGAGGGACAGUGGACCGGCCCCCUGCUGAAAAAGUUUGCUGACCCCUGCUGUAGAGAGCAGGCCACUAUUGUUGCAAUGUUUCUUUGGCCAAUAAAAUCCAUACAAGUGGAAAAGAAGAAAUGCAUUUUGGGAAGGGUCAGUUUAUAUACCGCCACCCCUCUCUCCCCCCAGAACCGUUUUCUCACGCAGCUCUACACUCCCAUCAACGGCUGGCGAGAACCCCUCUGCCUGGAGAUUCUGGAGAAAGACGGCUACCCGGUCAAGGAAGCCACGGGGGCCUCCCUGCCCACCAUCUGGGACUGGUCCUUGAGAUACAGCCCCCGGCACAUGGCGCGCUUCCGGAACCCCUGCUACAGGCGCAGCGGGAAUGGCGGCAGCAACGGCGGGGCUCUGAACGGGAACUUCCUUCCCCAAAACAUUGGCAAGGUUUGUGUUUGGGAAGGCAUGGAGGUCGUUUUCACAACUUGGGCUGGUGGAUUCAGAGCCAGAGGACGGGUAGAAAUCUUUGGCAUCUCCCAGUCUGGUAGGGCACCAGGCUCCAGCAGACCUUUCCCUGUUUAGAUCUAACUCUGCAACCCACAGGAAUGCAGGAAGCUGUCUUUACAAGGUUCCAGUCCUCAUGGUUCCAAAAAAAGGGUUGACUUAAGAAAGCAGGAAGCUUAUAUCUUAUGCUGAUCAAGCCAUUGGGGGCCCGUCUAGCUUAGUAUUGUCUGCACUGACUGGCAGUGGCUCUCCAGGUUCUCAGAUAAGAAGCCUUUUUGCCAGCACCACUCAGUUUCCCGUUUGAAUCUGGAACCCUGUUGUUAAGAGUUUGCUCUUGUGUUGAGAUCCCGCCUGUGGGUUUUCAACAGGCAUCUGGGUGGCCACUGUGGGAAGAGGAUGCUGGAGCUGAUGGGCCAUUGGCGUGAUCCAGCAGGGCUCUUCUGAAGGAACCACAGAAUUGGAAGGGGUCCCGAGGGUCAUCUUGUCCAAACCCCUUGCAAUGCAGGAAUCUCAACACGCGGUCUCCCAUCCAAUUUGAAACUACGCUGCUCUUAUAGAACCUCCAUGUCUAGAGACAGUCUAUCUGGACUUCUAGGUUCUUAGGAGAAUUUGGCCACUGUGAGAACAGGAUGCUAGCUCAGGAUGACAACCUGGGCUGGCUCAGAGGGUAGAGCAUGAGCCUCGUAAACUCAGGGUCGGGCUCCGAGCCCUGUGCUGGGCAAAUACAUAGAUAAUUUAGAUGAUUUAUUACGGUCAAAGACCAGCUCGCAUAACACAAUAAAAACAGCGUUCAUAAAGAUAAAAUAUACAAUCGGAGCAGAUUGCAGCAAUAGCUCAUGAGUUAAAAUUGAGAUAUAUACAUACACCUGUACAACUGAGAUUUGGGCUACCAUAAAAAAUUGACCCUGAGGCGCCCCAAAGGGCGACUUCAGCAUUUCCCUAGUAGGCUAUUUUAUUCCAGAGGAUGAUCUGUGCCUACAAAUCUGGGCGCAGAAUCUGGCUACCAGCCAGGUCGUCUUGUGAUCUUUGCCUGAGAGGAGAGAAUGAAGUUUAGACUUGUCUGAAAGAUCAGCGAGCCUCUUCAGCAAAGGAUCAAUGGUGUCUCUACGAAUCUCAAGAUAAAAAGGACAUCUAAAAAUAUAUAUGUUCGGGGCUUCCUAUUUCUCUGUGCGUACGGGACUCUUCUAUAGGAGCCUUCCAGAACCGGUAAGGGCAAGGCUGAGCUUCUAGCAAGAGUGAAAGCCCUUCUUGCGUUUCUGGAUGCGAGGAAAUAAAGAUAUGUUGCUGGACCGGCUACGUAUCUCCUGUCUUCUAUGAUUUUAUAAUCGGGGACCCUUGUACAGUCCUGUUGUCUCUCUAUGUCCAUGAUUCUUUGCCUGACUACAGAUCUAGCUUGGCCCAGGCCCAUAGUUAUGAGGGUUUGGGGAGCAAGGCCCAGUUUCUGAAGAGUGUUUAAGAUUCCUGUCUGCCAGCCAGACUGAAACUGGUUGCUUCAGAGUUAGCCACUUAUAUAUUGAUGUUAGGCUAAUAUGAGCUUCGACUUUCAUCAUCCCUGUUUCUAGUCUGACCCAUGCAUUUGAAACGCAUGUGCUGGGCAGAAGAUUCCUACACGGCAGGGGGCUGGACUAGAUGGCCCUUGUGGGUCCCUUCUAACCUUACAGUUCUAUGAUUCUAUAAGAACAACAGAUAAAAAUUAAAAGAUGAAAAACAAAACUAUAAAACAGGCACAUAGAAUGCGCACAGUUGCACAUGGUUUAAUAUAACCGGGUGCAAGAAAAAAAUACCGUAUUUUGCGCCCCAUAGGACGCAUCUAGUUUUUUGGGGGGGGAAAUAAAGAAAAAAAAAUUUAUUUCCCCCCCAGGUGCAGGGCUGGAAGAACCAGGUCGGGGAACAGCGGAAAGGCUCGCUCCACCUCCCCACUGACCCCCGAGCUUGUGGGGCUGGCGAUGGGGAGAAGUGCGCUGAGCCCGGGACUGCAGGCACUUCUGCGCGGCCAUCGGAGCUGGUCUCCCGAGGGUUGUGCAGAGCUUCCUGAAGCCUGGAGAGCGAGAGGGGUCGGUGCACCGACCCCUCUCGCUCUCCAGGCUUCAGCAAAAGCCUGCAUUCGCCCCAUAGGACGCACACACAUUUCCCAUUCAUUUUUGGAGGGGAAAAAGUGCUUCCUAUAGGGCGAAAAAUACGGUAUGUGUGUGUUCUUGUGGGAUUUUUUGUUUCUGCAUUAAAUAUGCAAAACAAACAAACAAAAAAGAAUAUCAGCGCCAUCUCGUUGUCAAGUCUAGUUCCAGAUUUUCAAGGUUUGAGAUGAGAGUUGUCUUGAAGACUGCUCCGCCGCAUACAUACAGUAUGUACUAAGGGAAUGCCAAAUCAUAUAAAAAGUGUCUGGAGGUUCUAGCCCUCGUCAAAAUCUCAAAUUAUGUGCAAUUUUCUCCCUUAAAGCUAUAUUCCAGAGUGAGCGGCACACCAAGCACACUGUGUAAGAUUUGGGACUGUUUUCCAGGGAGUUGCAAUUACUGUUUGAGCUGCCAGGAUCAGAUCCAAGACCUGGUUCCUUCGCUCUUCCGAUGUUCUGAGCUUUCCCCCUUCCUUCCUCCAGAUGGAAAACGCUCCUCCUGGGAAAAGGACCCUGUACUUGUUCUCCAAGGGCUCCCUCUCUCUGCAGGCCCACUUCUUCCCCUGGAAAAACGGCUCCCUCGCCAAGAAAGGCUCCCGCCGGUCUCAGGGGUCGGAGGCCCCCAGGGAGCAAGACAGGUCGCGGAGGUGCAAAACCCGGAGCUUCCUCCUCCAUCACGACGGGCUGCUCCUUCUGCCAUCGUAUGCAGGGCCCUCCAUCCGCUUGUGGAGAAGGUGCUACCUUCGCGGGAGCCCGGAAACCCAGGUACGAAACAGCAGAGGCGUAGCACAAAAUAACAGAAUCGCGGGCAGGUUGAGAGGUGGUCAUUAGAGAACCCAACCUGCGUUCUGCAAAAAAACGCUUCCUCAUAUUUCUUGGGUUCAAAAAGUCCCGCCAUUAAUAGAAGCUGUUCCACAAGCAGAGGGAAGAGAUUUAUUUAUACCGUAUUUUUCAGUGCAUAACACGCCCCUGUGUAUGAGACGCCCCCUAUUUUGGGGGACUCAAAACUAAGAAAAUGAGGGGAGAUUGCCCAGAGUUUUUGAGCUUUUGGGGGGGGGGAUUUUCGUCCCCAUUCUGCACUAUCCAUGUAUAAGACGACCUCCCAUUUUUGACAUUAUUUUCUCAGAAAAAAACCUUGUCUUAUACACGGAAAAGUAUGGUAUGUUCGUUCUAAACCUUUUACAGUUUGUAAUCCCAUCACAAUUGGCCUCCUAGCAGCAGUUCAAAUCUAAAAAACUAACUAACUAAAAUGUCAUAAAGAACUCCAACUUCUGAGAAGAUGGACAGAAAUGAGGCCGGAGGAUAUGCUGAAUGACAACCCAAUUCGUUAAAUGUGUUUUUGGUUUCAUUUACCUUAUGCACAAAACGCCUCGAGGUGGAAGUUUAGAAGGCGAUUAAUAAACCAAUGGUGGUGAUGAUAAACAUAAUAAAAAUAAAUGAUAAUUUCAUGGUAUGGGGAGGAGGAUGUAUACAGAGGGGCUAACGGGUAGGAAUCCCAAGAGGUAGAGGUUAGCAGCUGUGUGGUGACAUCUAGUGUCCAAACUACUUUUGGAUUCUUUUAUAAAAGGGUUUUUUCCUCAUUAUUACAGUAUGAGCGGACGUGGGUGGCGCUGUGGGUUAAACCACAGAGCCUAGGACUUGCCGAUCAGAAGGUCGGCGGUUCAAAUCCCCGCGACGGAGUGAGCUCCCGUUGCUUGGUCCCUGCUCCUGCCCACCUAGCAGUUCGAAAGUACGUCAAGUGCAAGUAGAUAAAUAGGUACUGCUCCGGCGGUGUUUCCGUGCGCUGCUCUGGUUCGCCAGAAGCGGCUUAGUCAUGCUAGCCACAUGACCCGGAAGCUGUAUGCCAGCUCCCUCUGCCAGUAAAGUGAGCUGAGCGCCGCAACCCCAGAGUUGGCCACGACUGGACCUAAUGGUCAGGGGUCCCUUUACCUUUACAGUAUGAGCACAUAUUAUGCAGGGAGGGUGGGAUUUUGGUUGCAAGGGUUCCAUAUUUACAUGAAAAUCUUGUAUACCAAAACCCUUGGCACUGCGAGAGAGAAUCCUCAGCACUUCCAGAGCUCAUGUCCUGAAGGGUCUUGCCCAGCAAGCAAAGCAGAGAGCGUAAAAGCUCUUUCCGUGCCAGGGAACCCCAGCAGACACAGCACAAAUACGAGCUUCUUGCUUUGAUGUAAUUUGCACAAUUUCAACCAGCUGAUCUUCAGCUGUGCUGAAGUUGCAGACCUUGCUUCUGAGUUAAGGACUCGGAAGCAGCUAGACCCACCGUUUUGCAAACAGUGAUCCUCAAAUCUACCGUCAGUUGUGGAAGCAAUGAGGAGGAAACCAGAAGAUGAAGUGAGGACGACUUCCUGAUGUUGAUAGCUGCCUUUAGCAGCUCAUGAUUAGAAACAGAUUCUUCACAGCUAGGUCUCCAGAGGCCAGUGUGCGCCACGUCUAUUAGGCAGCCACUGUAUCCUGCCCCUUCCAGCCUGCGCCAGUUCAUUAAAAGAGGAAAUAAAUAACAGGGAUUUGGAAACGAGUUCUGAAGCAAAAGUCCUGCGGGUGGAAAUAGGAACAAGGGAUGCUAGACGCUUAGAAAAUUAUGCCUGGCGUUGAGAAAGUGAUGCAGAAAAGUAUUUCUGCCUCUCUCUUAACGGCAGGACUUGAAGUUGAAUGUUGGAAAAUUCAGGAAAGAUUAAAAAGAGGACUUCUUCACAUAGUGCAAACUGUGGAACUCGUUCCCCUAGGAGCCAGGGAUGGCUUUGGAAGAGGACUGGACUAAUUCAUGGAGAAAAAGGCUAUCAGUGGCUACCAGCCAUGAUCAGAGGCAAUAUAUGCUUCUGAAUCCGAGUUGCUGGAAACUGCAGGAAGGGAGUUUACUGAUGUUGCAUUCAGGUCCUGCUUGUGGUCUUCCGAACAGAACACUUGGUUGGCCACCGUGAGAACAGCAGGCUGAACUAGAUGGGCCUCCUCUGGCUUGAUCCAAGCAGGGCUCUGAUAUAUUCCUAUACAAGGGAGCCAAUUUAAAAGGAGGGUAUGAAAAGCCUCUCCCCCCAAGCCAUUGGUGGUCCUUGCUGGCGACGUAAGUCUCUUUCCGCUUAGCGCAGAGAUGGAGAACGUUUCUCCCAGCUCGAGGGGCUGCCUCCUCUUCUUGCCAGUCUUCAAGGUGAGAUAGCUCGGUUGGUUAGAGUGUGGUGCUGAUGACGCCACGGUUGCAGGUUUGAUCCCCAUAAGGAACAGCUGCAUGUCCCUGCGUUGCAGGGGGUUGGACCAAGUGAUCCUUAGGAUCACAUUCAACCUUAUGAUUCUGUGAUCCCAAAGGUCACGUGUCUGUGGUAGGCAAAAAAUGGGCGGGGUUACAGAUGUAAACAUUGCUGUUUCACAGAAUGGUAGAGUGGGGAGGGACCGGGGGCGUCUUACCCAUAGAGACGGGUGGCGCAGGGCGCCAAGUUCUGGAGGGCGCCAGGGAAGAGGCAGAGGCUGGAUGUGGCGCCUCCCAACAUCAGCUUACUGCCAUCGCCCGCCUCCACCAUGUUGCGCCGAAGCAGCGCUGCACAUGGAGCUUCUGCCUGCCGUGGCCACCACGGCACGAAGUGGCCAGCUGAGCUGGGAACUGCUGCGUCCAGCCUCCGCCUCUUCCCUGCCGGAGGGGCCACCCUCCAGCCGCUGUCCGCCUCCUCCAGCCCUGCAAAGCUGGGUGCAUCGCUGGCAGUGCCAUCCUCCCUAAAAAAGGUCAGCAACUCUGGGAAAUGGGGGGGGGGGAAUCUUUGCACCACAGCGCCAGAGAUGUUUAAGACAGCCCUGGGAUGUCCCUGCAAGGGUCAUCUCGUCCAGUCCCCUGUCCAGUAGGGAGGGACCGCCUCUCCCGAUAUGCCCCGCGGAGGACCUUAAUGUCCAUAAAUAGCAACACCCUAGUGGUCCCGGGCCCUAGGGAAGUCAGAUGAGCCUCAACCAGGGACAGGGCCUUCGCAGCACUGGCUCCGGCCUGGUGGAACGCUUUGUCUCAUGAGACCAGGGCCCUGCAGGAUCUGAUUUCUUUCUGCAGGGCCUGUAAGACAGAGUUGUUCCGCCUGGCCUUUGGCUUGGAAUCAAUUUGAUUCCCUCCCUCUCUUCUUUUUCCUUUCUCCUUCUGUGAUGGGACUCUUAUUUGGGGACUUUCCUGGCUUUUUUCUGGCCCACGUAGGACCAGUUUGGAUAGUUGGCCUUUGGUGAAGAUUUGACAUUUUAAUCCCCAAAAAGUUUUUGAUUUGAGUUUCUACUGAAAUGAGGCUGCAUUUUAAUGUUGUACUUAAUCUUCUUUUUAAGUUGUAUUUUAAUCAAUUGUUUUUACCUGGUGUUAGCCGCCCUGAGCCCGGUUUUGGCUGGGGAGGGCGGGGUAUAAAUAAAAUUUAUUAAUAAUAAUAAUAAUAAUAAUUCCACAGCUGGGAAGUCUUGUCUGCUGCUGUUGCAAUAUGGUUUAGUAGUUUUGUAGAAACAGCAGUCUUUCCUUUCUCUUCAGGUCGGCCUCUUUGCUCCCAGCAUUGUGGGCCUCACUGAGGAACUGGACCUGCUCCAAGAGCGGCUGAACUACUGGCAAGCCAGAGGAAGCUAGUGACACGAUGCUUGAGAAGGCCGAAGCGUUCCACGCAGAGCCCAUGCAGACUGCCUGGAGCUCCCUCCUGCCACCCCAUCAGGAACGGGGCAGGCCCUCAGCGUAUCCAACGCAGACCUGGUGCAUCCCGCUUUCCAAGAAGAGACAGCAGUUGCAAUAUGCACAUUUCAGAGAUUCGCAGAAUUGUCGAGUUGGAAGAGACUCCAAGGGUCAUCCAGUCCAACCCCCUGCAAUUUUCACAGAGCUCCAUUUGGAAAUCUUUACCCAUUUGGGAGAAAACUGAUGCACUCAGGCUACGGGAUUGAUGUCUGUGGCUGGACAACCGCGCCCCGAUUCAUCGGAAGUGUCUGUUCUGGAGUUGCCCAGCUCAGCAAACAGAUCUUAUUGACCCAUCUGCGGUUCUGUCCUGAAUUUAUACUCGCCCCAAAUGUUGUUUUGAUUGCAAAGGGACGUGGGGCUUAAUAUCGCUGCGAUAUUGGGUGCCUGCCAUCAGGUGUUUGGUUUGUGUUUGGUUUUUUAAUUAAAGAACUUACUAAAGCCGCAUACAUUUAUGUGGCUUCCCCCAAAGAAUCUUGGGAAACGUAGUUUGUCAAGUGUGCUAAAGAUCAUCAACUACGGUUCCCAGGAUUCUUUGGGAGAAGUCAUGUGCCUUAAAUGUGUGAUGCGUCAUUAAUCCAGAUUAAAUUUUGGGGGUGGUGGGCAGCAGGGAAUAACAUGGGCUGCUGGCAUUCUGAUGUUACUGUCAUGAUGCCCCCACCCCCAAAAGGCCUGAAUGCUCGAGGAGCAACCAUCCCAUAAUAAACACCUGCCUGGAAGUGCCUGGAAGCACCUGGUAGCCCAGAAUGGGCUGACCAGCUCUGUGUAGUCUGCUUUACUCUCUCUGCCUCCUAGAACCCACUAAGGGGUAUUGACCUAUAUGUCCCCAAAAUUUCCAGUUCUCGUAACACUUAAAACGUGGGGUAGCCAACGCGGUUCCCUCCAGAUGUUGGUGGGCUUCGGCUCUCGCUGUCGUCCCUAACCAUUGGUUGCACUGGCUGCUGCAGUUGCGAGGGGGCUUGGAGAUCAACAACAUCUUGAGAGCAUCACAGGAUGCAGUGAUGGCCCCCAGCCCAGAUGGCUUUAAAAGAGGAUUAGACACGCUCAUGGAGGAGAGAGUUAUCGAGGGCUACUAGCCAGGAUAUAGGGACGCGGGUGGCACUGUGGGUUAAACCACAGAGCCUAGGAAUUGCCGAUCAGAAGGUCGGCGGUUUGAAUCCCCACGACUGGAUGAGCUCCCGUUGCUCGGUUCCAGCUCCUGCCAAACUAGCAGUUUGAAAGCAUGUCAAAGUGCAAGUAGAUAAAUAGGUACCACUCCGGCAGGAAGGUAAACGGCGUUUCUGUGCGCUGCUCUGGUUCGCCAGAAGUGGCUUAGUCAUGCUGGCCACAUGCUGUACGCUGGCUCCCUCAGCCAAUAAAGCGAGAUGAGCGCCGCAACCCCAGAGUCGGCCACAACUGGACCUAAUGGUCAGGGAUCCCUUUACCUUUUCCUUUAGUAGCCAGGAUGGCUAUGCUCUGCCUCUGUAGUUGGAGGAAGAAAUGCCUCUGAACCCCAGUUGCUGGAGACCACAGGAGGGGGCAAUGCUAUUGUGCUUAAAUCCAGCGUGUGGGUUCCUUGGAGGCAUCUGGUUGUGAGAACAGGAUUCUGAACUAGGCGAGUCCCCUUGGCCUCAUCCAGAAUACUCUUGCACAGAAUAUCUGCUUCGUCCAGGCAUAUUUGCAAGCAUCAGGCAGCCCACGAGAAAUUGGCUAGUGGACCAGCACCUCCUUCAGUCCCUAGACUGCAGUGUUAGGCGUGAGCUUUCCUUUGCAGUUUGUGAAAAACCAAACAACAACCCUGGAGUAUUAGAAUCUUGCUCGUCUUUGUAGGGGGAUAGAAGUGAAAUGUUGUUGUUCCUCCUCUACCAGAGAUGGUGGGGUGACUUUUCCUUUUCAACUGUUGCCGAGUAAUCAAUAUUUUGAUGCUUUGGGAUCCAGUGCCGAGCGGGCCCCAAUCUCAUUAGAUCUGCACCCACAAGGCUGCAACAAGGGCUUGCAAAUAAGUUUGAACAAACUUUGGAAAGUGAAAUGUUCAGGAGGAUUCUCCAAGGAUUCUCCCGACAGCAGAUUUUUCUUUCCUGCCAAGCUGAGCAAUAAAUCUAAUGGCCUCAAAGCUCUGGACAGAACUGACGGGAAGCUUUAUUAUUAUUAUUAAACUGGGAAAUCAUGCUUUCGCAAUCUGUAAACCAGAUUUUCUGGCCAGUUCUGGGGUACAUACACACCCCAGUUCUUCUUUAGCACUUUCUGUGGUCAUUUCCACAGUCACUUUUUUUUAAAAAAAAAGUUUGGUGUGGAAGAUAAGAGGUGCCAAAACAGAUGUUCAGAGAAGCUUUUAAAAAAAAUAUAUAGCACUUAUUGAGAAAUGGCAUGUUAUGUAUGUGAGAGAAAUCCCAUCCCCUGCCUCUAGCCUGCUUACUGGCAUGAGAUAUUGCCCUGUGGUUAAAUAAAGGGACCACCCUGGUUGCAAACAGGACAAUGAAUUAAAAAAGAGCUGGUCUGCUCCAACAAAUUAUUGUCCCCUAGGCAGAAAUGGUGGAAUUUUCUGCUGUGUGUACUGUUCAGAAAUGAAAGAACACAGUACAGCUGUGUGCAUGUAUUGGAGAGUCCGCUAAAGGGCUUUAUCCCAAAAUCACAGAAUUGUAGAGUUGGAAGAGACUCCAAGGACCAUUCUAGUCCAAUUCUCUGCAAUGCAGGGAUCACAGAUAAAACAUCCACGACAGAGGGUCACCCAACCUCUGCUUAAAAACCUCCAAGGAAGGAGAGUUUGCCACCUUCCAAGGGAGUCCGUUCCACUGUAAAACAGUUGCUGCUGCUGCCACUCCAUACUCAAGAAUAGGUUUCCCCGAGGCUUGUUAAAAAACAGGAAAAUGUUAAACAGUUAAAAAUUCAUUAACAGUGUUCGUCAGGCAGCAUUCAAUGUUGCUUCAUAUGUCUGGUAUCUAUAAAUCAUCAAAGCGGAGUCCUUUGGUACGCCGUUGCCUGGGAACGCCGAAAUGCGAUGCUGGUACUUAGGAACUUAAUACGUCUCUCCAUCCAUUUCUGUAUAUUAUGUUUGCACUGUCUUGUUGUCGUGUUCCUUCAAUGUGUUUCCCCCCCUCGCUAACAGGAGAAAAUCCAUAGUGGGAAAGUAUUUCCAUUUAAGAUAUAUGGUUUUUGUGUUUUUUUCCUUUUGCCCCCAAGCAAAGGGGGUUAAAAUGCUGCUGUUACAUAUUUGCUGUUAAAUGUUUCCAUUUCCAUUUUAUAAGCUUUGGUCCAGAAGCCUUUUAGAGCUAAUGGGGAAACAAGCAGUUUUAAGCUAAAGAACAAUUUCAAAUAAAUAAAUAAGUACCUUGUGAAUACAAUUCUGCAGGUAAUUGUAAAUGGAUUUGCUCCCAGGGACAUUUGUAAGUUGGAGGAAAAGCGUCCCCC